GAUACCGUCGGCCAUUUUAGCAGCCGCGACAGUGUUUGUGUGAGUGCGUGUGUGUUGUUGUCGUCGAGGUCUUUUUAUACAUUAUCAUAGCUGUACCGGCUCUGUAGAGGUCAUCACCGCAGGCUUACAUACCCGAAAAUGCAGGCAGAACAGGAAAAUAUUGACUUCAGCACCGAUGAAUUUCCAGAAGGGUCCAAAAUAAACGCGAGCAGAAAUCAACAGGAUGACGGGAAAAUGUUUAUUGGAGGUCUGAGUUGGGACACCAGCAAGAAAGACCUUACAGACUAUCUGUCCAAGUUUGGAGAAGUGUUGGACUGCACUAUCAAAACGGACCCCAUGACUGGCCGUUCCAGAGGCUUUGGGUUUGUGCUUUUCAAGGAUGCAGAGAGUGUGGACAGGGUUCUGGAACUGAAGGAGCACAAACUGGAUGGUAAACUGAUUGAUCCAAAAAGAGCCAAGGCCAUGAAGGGGAAGGAACCUCCCAAAAAGGUUUUUGUUGGAGGUCUCCAUCCUGAAACGACAGAGGACCAAGUUCGGGAAUACUUUGGAGCUUUUGGAGAUAUUGAAAACAUUGAACUCCCCGUGGACAGUAAAACAAAUGAGAGGAGAGGGUUCUGCUUUGUAACUUAUGUGGAAGAAGAGCCUGUUCAGAAGCUUUUGGAAAACCGAUACCACCAAAUUGGAAGUGGAAAGUGUGAAAUUAAAGUUGCCCAGCCUAAAGAAGUCUACAGACAGCAGCAGAAUAGAGGCGACAGGGGCUUUGGAGGAAGAGGUGGAUUCAGGGGUCGUGGAAGAGGAGGACAAGGUCAAGGCUAUAACCAAGGUUACAAUAGUUACUAUGGACAGAACUAUGGGGGCUAUGGCAAUGGAUACAACCAGGGAUAUAAUGGCUAUUCUGGGUAUGACUAUUCAGGCUACAACUAUCAGAAUUAUGGAUAUGGACAAGGAUAUGAUGAUUACAAUACUCAACCGAGCAGUUAUGGCAAGGCCUCUAGAGAGGGUGGAAACCAUCAGAACCAUUACCAGCCAUAUUGACAAAAUGACUUGACCUGCCAAGACUUAUGGUAAGACUAUAGCUUGACCUUUCCAUUUGGCCUCAUAUAUCAAUUUAAAGAUCAAUAGACAACACUGACUAUUAUAAAACAAACAAGUGCUUUGCAAUUUCGUGCACCCCAUUUUGAGAGAAUUUGAGAAUGUCUAUAGAUCUUUAAUUGCUAAUGCUUGUGUAGUGGUGUGCCUUUUCCUUUUUUUAAGCUCUCCAGAAAAACGUAAGCGUUUUUCUGUAGGUUUUGUUUUUCCAUUUUCCUCCCUGCUUUUUAACAGGUGAUCAUAAGGAAAUAACAUAGAGUUGAUAGCAAUACUAACAGGUAAAGUACUGCUAAAGGGUACAGAGUAAGGGCACCUCUCCUUAUUUUUUUCCAUUCUUUCCCUAAUUCUGAUUAUUGUACCUUGUUUGUACCUGCCAGCGGGGGACUUCAUUGCAGGCCGUGUGUCACCUGACCACGAAAUUCUCUGGGCGUCGCACAUAGCGGGCAGAGAGCACGGCAUGCACAAGAAAACGCUGUCCUGUGGUAUGGUCUCUUGAAACUUCCUGUACCAGCGUUAAAACAAAGAAACAUUAAAAAAGGAGAUCACUCGUUUUCCCUUAAGUUGUCAAUGUUUUCUUUAACAGUUUUUAAAAUGGGUUUUUUACAGGUAUUUAGCAGUGAAACCUAAGUGAUUUUGACUGUUUGUUGUAUUCUCUUUUUAUUAAUUUUAGUGUUCUUGUAUUUCAGUUCUGGAGCUUCAGUGAUUUUUCUUUUUGUUCUCCUAUAAACGGUCUCCAACCCCUGUAAACUGCAGAAACUCAUAAUGCUUGCUUUUUCUUUAGAAUCCAUAGAGAACUUCAAAUGGUACACCUCAAAUCCUUUCCUUAAAAACCUAGCUGAUAAAGAUCAUAUGUAAACCAGUCUUAUGAAGCCAUGAAAAGCUGACACAAUUGGUCAUCUUGAAAAUAGUUACGGACUGGCUGGAAAUUAUUAAAUUUGAUAGUGAAAAUCGUAUUUGGAAGCGCUCCGAUUUGGUGAGAUUGUCCACCAACCCAGUGGAGCUGAAGCUUUUGCUGGCUGACGAGCUGCUUUGUGAAAGUGUUAAAGUUGUACAUAUGAUCUUUAAUCUUGAAUGGUGAACUUAAUAGCUUAAAGUCGACAGCUCACGAAGUUAAACAGAGAAACAUGGAGGUUCAGUUAAGUGCUUGUCUUGUAAAAGUGAGUAAUGGCCAUCUUGUCUCCUCUCUUCUAGGUAAGCAGGCUGACUGACAGUUUGUACCCCGGAGGCAGCUUGUGGAUACCCUGUCCUUCUUAAUCAGAGAGCGUCUUGAUUUUAAAAAUACCUUUAUUUGGUUUUCCUCUAAAGAUGAAGACAUGUAGUGUGUCUGACCUUGUAAAUAUUUUGUCCCCAAAUUUCUUAUCCUGUGCGUUGUUGAGGUAGAGCCUAUAGGUUUCGUGCUGGUGUGUUCUUAAAUCUUUAUUUGGAAAUGUAUUUUUUUUU